AUGGCGCAACAGAACGAAACGAGGGACGCGGGCGUGGCAGCACUGAGGCUGGGGGUGGUUGGCACAGGGGACCCCUCUGUCACCGACUUCUUACCCACCAACAGCCUCGUGGUCCCGCUACUCACCGACCUCUACGAGCUCACCAUGGCCUACGCCUACUGGAAGGCCGGCAAGCAUGAAGAGCACGCCGUUUUCGACUUGUUCUUCCGCAAGAAUCCAUUCAAGGGGGAAGUCACAAUCUUUGCCGGCCUCGAAGAAGUGCUGCGUUACGUCAAGAACCUUAGGUUCACCAAGGGUCAGAUAGACGAGUUGCGCGCCAAGGCGCUGCGCCACUGUCGAGAGGACGGCUUCUACGAAUGGCUCGCCACCGUGGACUCGUCCAAGCUCAAGAUCUACGCGGUGCCCGAAGGAACGUUGAUGUUCCCUCGCGUACCGCUGAUUCGAGUAGAGGGUCCCCUUGCCGUGGCGCAGCUGCUCGAGACGACGCUCCUCACGCUCGUCAACUACCCCAGGUCGGUCACACUCAUCACCGCCGCUGGGUUGAUGGAGUUCGGGUUGCGGCGAGCCCAGGGUCCCGACGGAGGCGUGUAUUCCUAUAUGGGCGGCUUCGACAGCACCAGCAACGUGCUGACUGGCCUCCUCUGGGACAUCGAAACCCAGGGCACGCACGCGCACUCCUUCGUCGAGAGCUUCUUUGACGACGUGCCCCUCAGCGUCAAGCAUCUCAAGAAGAAAGGCGGCGAGGAGGAAGACUUCGAAAAGGCGGCCAUGGAGUGCCGCGAGGAGCUCGGCUUCUCCAACACCAGCACGGGAGAGCUGAGGUCGUUCAUUUCCUACGCCAUUGCCUUCCCGACGAGUUGCGUUUGCUUGGUGGACACCUACGACACCAUGAACUCGGGCGUUCCCAAUUUCCUCUGCGUUGCCUACGCCCUGCACAAGUUUGGGUACAAGGCGGCGGGCAUCCGCCUGGACUCGGGGGAUCUGGCCUACCUUUCCAAGCAAGCGCGCAAGCUUUUCGCUAAGACGGCAGAUCGUUUGGGUCUGGCCUACUUCAAGAAGUUCCAAAUCGUGGCGUCGAGCGAGAUAUCCGAGGACGUGCUCUACUCGCUCAAUCAGCAGGGCCACGAGAUCGACGUCUUUGGCGUGGGCACCAACCUCGUGACGUGCCAGAAGCAGCCCGCGUUGGGAUGCGUUUACAAGCUGGUCGAGCUGAACGGCGAGAACCGGAUCAAGCUGUCGGAAGCCAUCGAAAAGGUAACGAUACCAGGGCGCAAGCUGGCCUAUCGUCUCUAUGGCAAGAAAGGCGGGCCGGUGAUCGACGUCAUGCUUCAGCUGCCGCCGCCCGGCAAAGGCAACUCCGCCGAUAACGAUGUGGCCAAGGGGGAUACACCCGCCGAGCACAAGCGUAUCCUUUGCUGCGAUCCGUUCGACGGCAAGAAGAGGGCUUACAUCACCCCCACCAAGGUGGAGAAGCUGCACCAGCUGUACUUUAGCGACGGCAAAGUGGUGCAGGAGCUGCCCCACAUCGGACACAUCCGCGCGCACAUACUCGAUCAGAUUGCCAACCUCCGACCCGACCACUUGCGGCCGUUGAACCCCACCCCCUACAAGGUGUCUGUGACGGAGACGGUCUUUCGGGACUUCCACCGGCUGUGGGAGCAGUCGGUACCCAUCAAGGACAUCUCCAACCUCAACGUUGAAGUUGACGAGUGA